GCUAUAUAGCUCAGCUCACAGUUUACCUUCGAGGAAAUGGAAAAUACGUAAGGUAGGGUGUACUUUGAUUUUACACACUAGACUCUUAUACUCUGGUGUUACCUAGGAUCGCACAAAAGACGACUGAGCAGCAGAUCCUUUUAUUUAUACCAUUGGCACACAAAGCUGGCACAAAGCCAAGUGAUCCAGCGUAUGGACUUUGGGACCUGCCAGUCGCAAUAUUGAAUCAAGAACGUCCUUGGUUAUGUCAUGUGACAUGUUUAGAGUUUCUUGACGUUACUGACGACACUCUGCCAGCCACCAUGCCCACAGCCAUGUUCAGUUUACGUAGCUGUCCCGUCGUCUUGUUCUUGUUCCUGUCAAUGUUGACUGCUGGAGAAACAAUGGCUCUGUCCAUUUCCGGUUCAGGAGCGUCCAGCCCAAAACCGCCAAUGUGGCCUGAUCAGUUUACAUCUAAGUUCACCGUCCGAAUAGAGAAGUAUGGAGACAACUUCAGUAAACCUGGUAUCGUGUAUUACGACUGGAACAUUAAGACUCUACGCAGUGAUUUUAUAGACUGGUGUCUGCCUCUCUUUGUCGGGCCGGAACAACAUCACAACUACACGUGUUCCUUCUUCAUGGCGGACGGUAACAUGUACUUUGUGAACCACACCUCGAGCACCUGGGAGAACCACGACUGUUGUCUGUUCGCAGGAGGGCUAGGAACCAUCACCCCGGACUGGGUGAAAAACUGCCAGUACAACGGGACGGCCAUGCUCAGGGGGCAGAAAGUUGACGUGUGGUGGUUUCCCGGCACACCAGAUCCAGAAAAGCCCUGUUACGGGUACUGGGACAGAGUGGAUGAUCACACACCCGUACAGUUCUUUGGGCUAGCCUCCAUUGGUCCUGCAAUUCUAGACUAUGACUCGUUCCAAGUCGGCCCACCAAGCGCUGAGAUGACUAAACCAGUCGGAGGAUGCAGUAAAGAGUGCCAUCCUACGGGGCAAGGAGCGAGGCUAUUUGACAUGCCCUGGCCAUCGUGUGGAUAGUCAUAGAACGAAAACUUUCUUAUAUCACAUCAAUAUACCAGACACAAUUUUGUUGCAAAAAGCAUGUGAAUAAAAAUGGACCACAGUAUUUCCAGACUCAGCUGGAUUAAUUCACGGAUCUGGAUUUGAUGUCGACAGAACGAGUUGUUGCAAACAUGAUUUUCUUACUACU